AUGGAUGGUGAUGCCUCCGAACAGCGUCAUGGGAUGACCCGCUCAUCGACAACGGGUUUGGCAUCUACAAAUCCCAUUGUAACCGCAAAUGGCCCAACUCCCACCUCCGCCCAGAGCUUCACUCCACGCUCACUCCUCGUCGGUCUCAUUAUCGGUGCUCUGAUAACAUUCUCGAAUACCUAUUUUGGAUUACAGACGGGAUGGAUCAGCACCAUGGCCAUGCCGUCCGCCUUGAUUGGCUUCUCCGUUUUCAAGGUUUUAUCAAAGCAGCUCUCAUUCCCGUUCACACCGGUUGAAAAUGUCUUGAUCCAGACGGUGGCGGGUGCAGUUGGAACAAUGCCACUGGGCUGUGGCUUUGUUGGUGUCAUUCCCGCUUUGGAAUUCCUACUGAAACCGGGUGCAGAUGGACCGGAAGGCGAUGGGGGGCAGGGCGAGGGUGGUCCUCUGAACCUUAGUUUCUGGAAAUUGGUCAUAUGGAGUCUUGGAGUCUGCCUCUUCGGGGUUGUGUUUGCCGUUCCACUACGGAAAGAGGUCAUUGUCAGAGAGAAAUUACGCUUCCCAAGUGGAACUGCCUCUGCCUUGAUGCUCAAGGUCUUGCAUGGCUCUGGGAAGAAGGAAAAGAUUGUAGCACCGGAACCUCUUCGUACGGAUGAUCUGGAAGAGGUUGCGCCGCCUCCUUAUAUGCAAGAAGAUACGAAUCUUCUGAAAGAUGGGUAUGUCGAAGAUCAAGCUACGAACCAACAAGAUUGGCGGUCCAAGAUGCGCCUCUUGAUCGGCGCCUUUGUAGUUUCUGGUGUCUAUACACUAUUCUCUUACUUUGUCCCUCUGGUCCGUGAUAUUCCCUUGUUCGGCCUUGGUAUGGCCCACAAUUGGCUGUGGACCCUUAACCCAUCACCGGCCUACAUUGGCCAAGGUAUCAUCAUGGGCCCAUCGACGUGCAUGCACAUGCUCUUUGGUGCAGUGCUAGGAUGGGGCAUUCUAUCACCGCUGGCCAAGGCUCGUGGCUGGGCACCUGGCCCAGUAGACAGCUGGGAUGACGGAAGCAAAGCAUGGAUUGUCUGGGUAUCACUGGCGAUCAUGCUUGCUGAUUCAAUUGUUAGCUUGGGGUGGCUUCUUCUCAAGCCGAUUGUGACUCGUUCCCCGGUAUGGAUCGCUUGGUUAGGUUCCACUCGUGUGGGACAGUGGAUUGCACCUCGGCUGUGGUCCCAUCGGCAUUCCUACAUUAACUAUUCCGCACUCGGUUCCGAAAAUCAUUCGCUCACGCCGGAAGAUGAUGAUACCCAGGUGCAUGGAGCCCAGAGCGAGGAAGAAGAGGAAGAUGCACCAUCAUCCCAACUCAUCUCCACUCGCACGGUGGUGAUUCUCCUUCCAUUGACUCUUUUAUUAAAUGUCGUGUGCAUGCAUAUUGUGUUUGGGGACAUUAUCUCUCCUUGGCUUUCAACCCUUGCUACUCUAUUGGCGGUGCUUCUAUCCAUCAUGGGCGUUCGAGCGCUUGGUGAGACUGAUCUCAACCCAGUCUCGGGCAUCAGCAAGCUUACACAACUUCUUUUCUCCCUCGCCACACCUUCUUCUCAUUUCUCGCGACGCACUGCACUUGUCACCAACUUACUCGCGGGUGCAGUCUCUGAAUCAGGAGCUUUGCAAGCCGGUGACAUGAUGCAAGACCUGAAGACUGGUCAUCUGCUCGGCGCCAGCCCCAAGGCUCAAUUUUAUGGACAAAUGAUUGGCAGUCUUGUAGGUGCUGUAUUAUCUGCUGCUGUAUACAAACUGUAUGUGAACGUCUACGAGGUUCCUGGGGAGAUGUUCCAGACACCCACCGCAUACGUCUGGAUCUUCACUGCUCGCCUUGUGACUGGUGAGGGUCUCCCAGAGAUGGCUUGGCAGAUGUCUUUCAUUUUUGGCAUUGUUUGGGUGUUUAUCACCGCUCUGAGAAUUGCAGCUGCAUCUCCUUAUUUCUCCCGCAAUGGCAGCCCUCCUCCUUGGAGAUCUUGGGUCCCAGGUGGCAUUGCCGUCGCGGUCGGUAUUUUCAAUGUGCCAUCCUUCACUCUAGCAAGAGCCAUUGGUGGUAUUAUUGCCUGGUGGUGGUCUCGAAAACAUGCAGAACCCGCCAAGCAGCCCGUCGCUGAUGAAAAUACCAAUGGCUUAGGCCCCUCCUCAGAACCUCAACCUGCUCGACCUUCAGGUGAAUCCUCAUCGGCUGAUCAGGCAGCGGAAAAAGCAGAGGCUGCCUCCUCCACGGUCGUUGUUUUGGCAUCUGGUCUGAUUCUGGGUGAAGGGAUCAUGAGUAUUGUGAACCUUCUCCUUGCAAGUGGACGUGUUCCGCAUCUGUGA